GCAGAUUGCAGUGCAUACAGUGUGGAGGAGGCGGGGUUUGACAUCUCAGCUCUGAAAACAUCUCUAAUCCAGUAUUUCAGGUGCCGAAGUCGACUGAGCGAUCAGAGCUUCACCACGACGUGUCAGUGCACCGCAGCCGAAACGGAACCGCGACACUCCAACGCGGACUAUUUUCAGCGCACGGACACGGCAGUUGUGUCCGAAGAAGAUCGCAAAACGGCCCAAAAGAAGUAACACAAGAGUGAAGUUUCUGCGCUUUGGUGAACUACUUUUCCAGCGUCUCUGCCUUUUUCUACUCCAUUUCUUCGCUGUAAAAGACCCUUAACCCCUGGAGGGUUUCUGUUCGGACGUUCAGUCUCUCAGAGGUGAGCAUGACACAGAAAGUAGUUCUUUAGAACUUUCCUGGCUGCCGUUUAGCCACCGUACGUACGUGAGGCGGAAGUGGGAGACCGUACCUGGAGCUCAGGUGAUACCAGGCCUGCAGAGUUUGAUGUCCUAUCUGGAUAUGGUAUGGAUCAACAUCUGAAUGGGACAUUUAACUGCAGCUGAGAGUGAACAGGAGCAUCAGCACAUGCUAAGGAGUGUCUCUUAUCAGCUGUAACGCUUUGAUUAAGGUUUUUACAAGAUGACUGAUUCAUUUUCCUGCAUUCUGGAAGAGCAUCAUAAAAGUAGAAGACAACUCAUCAUCAAAGGAUUGCCUAAACAAAAACUCAGACUGUAAUUUUUCCCCCUUUUUAAUUCUUGAGAAGAUUUUUUUUUCUAUUGUAGAGGAGGUAGCAGGAGCUUCUCCGUGAGCUGCUGGUUUGGACUAAAAGCCUAUGUGUUGCAGAACAGCUGCUGCUGCUUGUGGAAUAACUUAGCCUCGGACUGUUGGGGCCAAGGGAUCUGCCCUUUCCGCCAACCGUUCUUUGAACUCUACUUUUCCCACCUGUCUCGAGGCAGACUCCGAUAACCAAUGGCAUGGUACAAGUUCUUCAGGAAGCCCGGGAACAACCUGGGAAAGUCAUUCCAGCCGGGAAGCAUGAUGUCUCUGGCCCCUACUAAAGGACUGCUGAAUGAACCGGGUCAGAACAGCUGCUUCCUCAACAGUGCAGUACAGGUACUAUGGCAUCUGGACAUCUUCAGGCGCAGCUUGAGACACCUACCUGGUCAUUUCUGCCAAGGAGAUUCGUGUAUUUUUUGUGCAUUAAAGGGUCUUUUUUCCCAGUUCCAGCAGAGUCGAGAGCGCGCUCUGCCUUCCGACAACUUGCGUCAUGCCUUGGCAGAGACCUUUAAGGACGAGCACCGCUUCCAGCUGGGCUUCAUGGACGAUGCUGCUGAGUGCUUUGAAAACAUUCUGGAGAGGAUCCACUUACAUAUUGUGUCUGAGGAGACCGAUGCCUGUACGUCACAGUCCUGCAUCACUCAUCAGAAGUUUGCUAUGGCACUUUAUGAGCAGUCUGUGUGCCGUAGCUGUGGGGCUUCCUCUGACCCGCUGCCAUUUACAGAACUGGUACAUUACAUCUCCAUCACUGCCCUUUGUGAACAGACAAAUCAGCGGCGGGAAGACUCCUUUGGAGAAGUGUUACAAGUGGCAAGUACAAUCGGAGACCUUCGAAACUGUCCAAGCAACUGCGGUCAGAAGAUUAGGAUCAGACAAGUCCUCAUGAACUGCCCAGAAAUCGUUACCAUCGGCUUUGUUUGGGACUCGGAUCAGUCGGAUCACACUGAGGAUGUGAUCCGCUCUCUGGGGCCUCAUCUCAGCCUCUCCGCGCUGUUCUAUAGGGUGACGGACGAGCGCGCCAAGAAGACUGAGCUUCUGCUUGUGGGGAUGAUCUGCUACACCAGCCAACACUACUGUGCCUUUGCCUUCCACACCAAAUCCUCCAAAUGGGUCUUCUUUGAUGAUGCAACAGUGAAAGAGAUUGGUUCCCGUUGGAAAGAUGUGGUCACCAAAUGUAUUAAAGGUCAUUUCCAACCUCUCCUCCUGUUUUACUCCAACCCUGAUGGAAGUGCCAUCAUCACAGAAGAUGCCUCAAAGCAGAACAGCAGCCAGAUACACCCCAAGACCUCCAUCAAUGGAGAUGUACAAGUUUCGGAGUCUAAUGUUUCAGUACAGAAGAAGCUGGAGCUAACCAAAGAGAACCUGAAGGCUAUGCUGGGGCAGGACCUGCUCAAACCAAAGGGUUUAACCCUCAGCCGGGGCAGCGGUCCAACCAACAGUGGGCGGGGACAAGUGAAAACUGGCUACAUUGAUCCAAAGAGUCGCAUCAGAGAAAUUCCCAGAGAAGUUGCCCACCGAGCAGAACUACGAGGGGUGCAUCCACCCAGAAGAGACGUUGAUCGGAGCGGUCAGCGAAGGCAGGACAUGCGCCACAGAGAUCCAGCUCAGGACAGGACCCUCUCCCGAUCUGUUUCCCCUCCAGAGAAUGGGUUCAAGCAACACCUGGAGAGCAGGCUGUACAGCAGCCAGGGAAAAGGCCCCAUCAAGACAGAGCGAAUACCGACACCCGGCAGCCGGUCCUCCCAAGAACUGACUCGCUCCUACCCAAAGGUCCAGGUCCUGCCCACCAUGCCCUUGGUAAGAACUAACAAUCACGGCUGGAAACCCAACACCCAUUCCAACGGAUAUGACACAGACAGCAGCCAAGAUUCCCGAGGGCAGAACGGAGGGACCAGAGGCAACCGGCCGUGGAAGCCCACGCGGGAGGUGCUGAACGUCGACAGCAUUCUGAGCACCAUCGAUGAGGGAGGUUCAUCUAGAGAAGAAAGGAGGCACCACAGCCCUCGGGGGAGACCCAACAGUCAGUCCCCAUCAAGAGAACAACAUUUAAUAUGGGGGACACGGGAAGAACACAAACCCAAGAGCUUGAUGACAAUCUACGAGGAUGAGCAGAGGCAGGACACCGGGGGCAGUCGGAGCUCGCUGGACUCCGAUGGUAAGGAAAGAUCAAAGAACCCGGCCACCCUUAAAGUCCGCAGCGAAAACUGGAAGAUUCAGAGAACUGAAUCUGGAUAUGAAAGUAGCGACAGACUGAGCAACAGCUCGGCAAACCUGGACUCUCCAGUGGUAGAAGGCCUCUCUUCCAAAGACCUCCGACCCACAUCUGAGCUGCAUCCAGUCAGGGAUCACUUUCUUCAGAGGGGAAGUGAUGAUUUGAGGACUGAUGCAUUAUCGAGUGGUGGACAAGGAAGGGAGUCCCCAGAUCUGCAGGACUCCAAAUCCCUGUCUGCUGAGUACUUGCAAAGAAGAAGAGCCUUCAGAUACACACCUGGACUUGUGGAGAAGAACACAGACCCAGACAGUGAACAAGAGGACAGCAGCCCGGUGAGCCCCGUGGUUCCCUUCUUAGCAAAAACCAGCAGUUCUGAAUGGAACAGCUCAGAUGACCUCACCGGACCCCUGUCUGAGCAAGAAGAUACUAGUACUGUAGACUUUCCAUCACACAGCUAUCCACCUCCUUUACCUCCGAAACCCUUUGGUUCUGACUUGUCUGGCAUCCGUGCCGUACCGCCAAAACUGCUGGUCCGGCUGAGCCCCCGCACGAAGCCCAAGAACGGUCUGCCCAUUCCCUCAAACAGCAUCGUGCAAAGGUGGAUCGAAACGCCCACCGAACACAGACUUUCAUCGGAUGCCAGCUCCAAAUCUGGCUCCUCAGACCAGGACAGGAACGAUCUGUCUGCCAGCGAAGGUGAGGACAGAUUACCGAGUCCGAAACCCAGGCCGGGUGAUGGUAAAGACUCCUCGUUGUUCACGGAGAAGGUUCUGCCCACCACUUUCUUCUCAGUGGACGGCUGCAUGACGGACAGUUACCGGGCCAAGUACCACAGGAGGCCCCGAAAAGGGGAGGAUCACACCUCAUCGGGGGAAAGCGACGUGGAAGGAAGGGGUUUUGACGUGACCAAUCAGUACUUUGAACCUUCACGAAGCAAAACAGAACAAGGUCAGUCAGCUCCUAAAACUGUUGCAAAGUGGAAUCCGGUUACCACAAAAGGCCUGGACGAGCACGGUUUUCUGUGACGGCGGCAGAAACGUCGACGGGCCUUAAACUUUAAACGUAUUUAGACAUAAAACUGGAAGCCAAAGAGAUUGUAAAGUGAAGAAGAGGUGUCUUUAUAUAACCACGUGGCUGCUGGAAGCUUUGAAAAAUCACUUUGCACGAGUGCUAGAAGGGUACAAAAAUAAAUGAUGUGUAGAAUGUUUAGCCUGACUUUUGGAGAAUGUGUCUCGUAAAACCACUUUACACGAGAGAUGUUUGUUUUAUUUCAGGUUUUUUUUUCCCAUUUAAUCACUUUUAUUUUCCUGUUUCAGUGUUAUGAGGUGUCUGCUUCAGUUCGGUCUAACUUAUGAGUCACUUAAGGGUUUUAUAAACUAUAAAAGACAAAAUGUGGUUUUUAGUGAUUUUUUUUUGUGUGUACUAAAACUGUCAGGCACACUCCUAAUCAAAAUGAACUCGAGGAUGUUGCUAAUUCCGUCUGAAGUCUUAAUUUGGGAUUCAUUUUAGCUUGUGACCCUAACUAAUGCUAAAAAAAAAACAUGUUUUGAUGAAGAAAUCUUCAAAAAUGUAUUCUGAGGUGUUUUACACCAAACUAAUUAUCCAUUUGUAUUAUUGCUGUUUUUAGUUUUCACUUGCAGGAUUUUUUUAUUCUUUGUGGAAGCAGUUAUUGAUGUGAUCGGUGACAGAAGUCAGUGUCUUCUCUCCUGGGUUGGAUGUUUUGUACAUGCAGCAGACUAAUGCACAGUGCCUUUUAUAUUUUUCUAUGUGGAGGAGAAAAUGAAGCUGGAGCCCUGAUUUGUACAGUUUGAUUUUAAAGAAUUUUUGUAUUGUUUAAUUUUAUUUUUAUGACCUCAUGGUAAAUAAACAGUUUUAUUUAAUCA